AUGGGAGAGGAUGGUGGGGCUUGCGAGCUAGCAACGGCGGCCGACUGGGUCGAUUCGAGACUCAUGGUGGAGAAAUCGGACGACGGCGGCGCAGAGGAAGCUAACGGUACAGGAACCGGCAGGAGGUCGAUCGGCAUGGACGACUCGAGCAUGUUCAUCGAGUGGGCCAUGGAGACGCUGCAGCACGACGACCCAUUCUCGUCAAUGCAAGAUCUCCACUGGCCGGAGCUACAGAAUGGCACCGCCCCUGCAGAAGCUGCAGCCCAAGAUGGCCACCCACUCCGCGCCACGGACAGCUGGAGCUCCGGCGCCGACAGCGGCCGUGAGAACACGCCAAGAGGUGCGGUCGUGGAGAACGACGGCUGGUCGUCCAACUGCAGCGUCAGUAGCACAACCUACCCACCCGCCGGCUGGAACUUCAGCUCCACCAUGCCACAGCCGAGAACUCACGACGAGACCACGCCCACCGCCCACGAACCAGCGCAGGACGUGCCUCAGCCGGCGCAAAGGUCGCCGGCGUCAAGGAAACGCACCUUGAAGAGCGCCGCCAGUACGGAGACGGGGCAGACGUCCUCGCCGGAGCCGUGCGUGCAGGAACACGUCAUGGCUGAGAGGAAGCGCCGCGAGAAGAUCAACCGCCGCUUCAUCGAGCUCUCCACUGUCAUCCCCGGUCUCAAGAAGAUGGACAAGGCGACGAUCCUGUCCGACGCUGUGAGGUACGUCAAGGAGCAGCAGGAGAAGCUCAAGGAACUCGAGGACCGCAACGUGAGGAGCGUCGAACCUGUUGUGCUUGUCAAGAGGCCCUGCAUCGCCACCAAACCGUACGGCGCGACGACGUCCGGGAGCUCGCUGCCAGAGAUCGAGGCAAGGAUCUCGGAGAGCACUGUCAUGCUGAAGAUCCAUUGUGAAGACGGCAAGGGCGUGCUUGUCAAGUUGCUCGCCGAGGUUGAGGGGCUUCACCUUAGCAUCACGCACACCAAUGUCAUCCCCUUCCCGUCUUGCACUGUGAACAUAACCAUCAUGGCAAAGGUGGAUGAGGGGUUCGACAUUGUACCACAAGACAUUGUAGGGAAGCUUGGUGCGGUGUUGCACCGACGUCAUAGCUGA